GAACUGACGAGGUCGCAUCGGUCGGCACUUCCGUCAUCCGGGCCUUUCUCAUCACGCUGCCAUCAUGGGUCGUAUGCACAAUCCCGGAAAGGGUAUUUCCCAGUCAGCUCUUCCUUACAGAAGAUCAGUCCCUACAUGGCUGAAGCUGACAUCAGAUGAUGUGCAGGAACAAAUAUUUAAACUGGCGAAGAAGGGACUCACCCCAUCCCAGAUUGGUGUCAUCCUAAGGGAUUCCCAUGGAGUUGCACAAGUGAGAUUUGUAACCGGGAACAAAAUUCUGCGUAUCCUUAAAGCCAAAGGCCUGGCAGCAGAUAUCCCCGAGGAUCUGUACCAUCUCAUCAAGAAGGCUGUGAACAUCCGUAAACACAUGGAGCGCAACAGGAAGGACAGGGAUGCCAAAUUCCGUCUUAUCCUUGUAGAGAGCCGAAUCCACCGUCUGGCUAGGUACUACAAGAGGAAGAGGGUUCUUGCACCAAACUGGAAAUACGAAUCUGCGACAGCCGCCGCCAUGGUGCAGUAAAGACCUAAUUUUAACUGUAAUAAAUGUGAUGCCAGUCGGGAA